CGAACUGCCGCAAGUGUUUGCUCAAAACAAACAGUAACGAACAGUUUGAGAUUCGAAGAUACAUUCAUGGAGGUCAAAGAAAAAGUCAGAAUCGUAAUUACCGUAGCCUCUCUUGUGGCGGCGACAGUUCUGCUCGUGGCGGAUUAUCGGCGGCGCCGCCACGGUAGGAAGCAGACAUCUUCUCCGAGCUCGUGUUAUCUCCAUUCAGAGACCAAACCACAGUUCGGCUUCAAACGUGUUCUUGCGGAUAACUCUUACUCUGGUUUCAAACACAUGAAGAAGCUUGACGACGUGUCUUCUUCCUCAUUAGAGAAACCUAACAACUCUCAUCCGUAUGAAAGUGAGAUAAAUGUCUUGUUAGAGAAUCCUUGUCUUGAUGAAGUUGAGUUUCUGAGAGGAGAGUGUUCACUGGAGAUUAGUGAUUCUUAUUUGUGGGUUGAGACGGAGUCUGAAUUGAAGAAGUUUGCAGAGACAUUGGCUAAAGAAAAAGUCUUUGGAGUUGAUACUGAGCAACAUAGUUUGCGAUCGUUUCUUGGUUUCACUGCUUUGAUUCAGUUGUACACGAAAGAAACCGAAGAUUUUCCUGGGAGUGCUGCUGCUUCCUCAUUAAUUUAUCGUCAUUUAAACGGCUAUGGAGAUAACUCUUCCAUCUCCUUGGAUGCAAAGUUUCAGGAGCUUGUAAGGGAACUUUGUGCAUGGAGAGACUUAAUGGCAAGGAUUCAUGAUGAAAGCACUCGCUAUGUUCUGUCAGACCAAGCUAUAAUUGCUCUUGCCUGUCAGAAAUCAACAACAGCUGAGGAAGUAUAUCAUUCGAUAGCUCAAGCUGAUUUGGCUAUAGAGUCUUCGUCUAUUCAAUCUCCAUCUUCUGUUAUGGAACAUGUCCAGUUUCUGUCUUCAACUACUCACUUGCGACAUGGGAAUAGAAUGCCAUCUAGUCGCCACUGUAAAGAUGUAUUAUGGGGACGGGACAUAUCUGAAGAAGAUUUGGAGAGAGCUUUACUCAUUGGGUUGAGUCCUCACGAGAGACGAAAACUGGAAAGAAAGAAAGGUGUCCAUUUCAAAUAUUCUGCAGAGGUUGCUCAUAUGGACAAAAAAGAAAACAGUAGCAAUGAUACUGAUGCAAACAGUUUUGUAUCUUCUUCAGUUGAAGAACGUGGUGAGGAAGCUCCUGGAGAUUCUGAGAAAGAUAUGAAUGAAGAAAGUAGGAUAGUUGUUACAGAUGAUAGUGGAGGAGAUGGAGCUCAAGAGCUAAAUGAUACUCAGUGUAAUGGAAAUAUGCCGCACCAAGAGAACUCGAAACUCUCCUUGCUAGGACAUGGACCGCACGGGAAACAGGUUGUGGAGUAUCUCUUAAGGGAACAUGGAGAGGAUGGUGUUCGGGAUUUCUGCCAAAGAUGGAGACAAGUGUUUGUUGAUACUGUUUAUCCUCGCCAUUUGCCUGGUGGUUGGAAUGUUAGUCACAGUGGCCGGAGAGACUUUGGCGAAUUCAGCGUUUAUAAUCCCUCAAAGAGACACUCAGCCGAGUAACCCAAAACCUUGUAGCUUUGUCUGUUUCGGUUACGUCUCUGUUCUUUUGCCAAUUUUGUUAUCAACCACAAGACUGUAUUCUUUUGUAGACCUCUGCACUUUGUUUAAGUUAA